ACUCUCUCUUGCCCUCACCCUGGCUGAGCUUCCUGUGCCAGCCUCUGGGUGUGACCUUCUCUGGCCUGUCCUGGAGCAGGGAGCUUGCGGCCUAAGGGAUCCUCCCCUCCAUCUCCACCACCUCCUACAAGUAGCAGGCUUCUCUCACCCCCAGCUCAGGAUACUACGUUAUAUCAGGGAGUCAGAGUUAGCAUUUCAGACCUGGGUUCAAGUCCCAACUCCCUCACAGUGAUAUCCUGGCUCUCUCUCUCUCUUUUUUUUUUUUUUUUUGGCCAGGCCACAUGGCAUGUGGGAUCUUAGUUCCGUGAUGAGGGAUCGAACCCGGGCCCCCUGCAGUGGAAGCACGGAGUCCUAACCACUGGACCGCCAGGGAAUUCCCUGUUAUAUCCCGUUUCUUAACCCUCAUUUACUCAUCAGUAAAAUGGGUACCAUGAGGCCAUGUCUAUAAAGUGUCUGCCUGGCUCAGGGUUGGCACCAACGAGGUCCCUCUAAAAAUGCCUGUUCCUGGCACCCUUGAUCCCCUCUGCCCAGCCCAACUCCUGCCUCAGCUGUUUUGCUGCUUGGGCCUCCUCCAGUGCUCAGAGCCACCAACACAAGUGAAGGUGCAGAGUUGGGGUCAAGGGUACAGGUCCUAGCUGUGUGACCCCAGACAGGUCACUUCCCCUCUCUGAGCCUCAGCUUUCAACCCUAAAAUAGCCAUCACAUCCAGAGUGAUUUCGAGGCCUAAGGGUGCCAGCAUAAGGCCCAGUUCAGAGGAAAUAAUCCAGAUGUGGGAGCCAACCACUACUUGGAGGGGCUGGGGCCUCACAGGGGGGACCAGGACCCCUAGGAGAGCCAGAGAGGAGCCUUCUGACACCUUGCGGGGGGCAACCAGUGAAGUGGGUACAGCUGGAGCAUUGAGGGGGUCCCUGUCUCCUCUAUCCUGGCCAGUGGUGGGCUAUGAAGGGCCAUUGUGCAGCUGGGGUGGGUGGGCAGGGGCGGAAUGUGACUGGGCACAGCAGAUGGGCCAUUGUUUGAGGGAAUGUGCCUCGUGAGGCCUGACCUUUCCCUGUGGAGUGGGGGUUGGCGGGCUGGCAUGCCAGCUGGGGGCUGGGAGGACAAGGCCAGAGUCGGGGGCUCGGAGGAGGGAGACAGGAUCCAUCCCCUUUUCCCCAGAAGGGCCUGUCGGGGAGGCUGCACGCAAAUCCCAGCUCUACCUCCUUCUUGCUGUGCUGUGUGACCUUGAGCGAGGUCCUUGGCCUCUCUCAGGGAUUAGGGUUUUCUUUCUCUCUCUUUUUUUUUUUUUUAAAUUAUUUUUUAUUGGCGUAUAGUUGAUUUACAAUGUUGUGGGGUUAGGGUUUUCUGCGGUGAGGUGGAAAGUGAAGGUCUUAGCACAGGACUGGCAAAGAGUAACCACACAAUGCCCAUUAGUUAUUAUCCGUAUGAGCAGCUGGAGCUUUCAGACAAGUUCAAGUCCUGGCUGGGUCAUUUGUGACCCAGGAAAGUGACUUUCCUUCUCCCAGCCUCAGGUGUCUUCUUUGUAACAAGCUCAGUAAUCGUAUUGACCUCACAGGGGUGUUCUGAAAUCCACAUGCAAUGACCCCCGUGGGAUAGUCAACACAAGAUCAAGACCACAGGAAGUUCUUAGUGAUAAUCAUAGCAAGUGCUUAUGAAGUGCCCACCAUAUGCCUGGCACUGUAUAUUUACAAACACAUUUGAUCCUCCUAACAGCCCUGGGAGGUAGGUGCCCUCAUUCUCCCCAUUCUAUAGAUGAGGAGACUGAGGCACAGAGAGGUGAGGUGAUUUGCCUACAGGGAGUACAUGGCAGUAGAUAUAAUGAUUUUACAGUGAAUUUGGCCCCCUCAGUCAGCUGAGGUGGUUGGCAUAGGUAGGGGCUCUGCUGUCAGAAAGGCCUAGGAGUCAGUUCUGGCUAUACUGCCGUGUCACCUAGGAUAAAGGUCUUCUGAGCCUUACUGCCCCCACCUGCACUAUGGGGAUAGAGUACCCUUUUUUUUUUUUUUUUUUGGCCACACAGCACAGGAUGCAGGAUCUUAGUUCUCUGACCAGUGAUCAAACCUGUGCCCCCGGCAGUGGAAGCGCAGAGUCCUAACCACUAGAUUGCCAGGGAAUUCCUGGGGAGAUAGAGUAUUGACAGAGUGUGGGAAGGGUCAGACACUCAGGAAGCAAUCCGUGGGGUUAGCUGAUAGUAAUGCUCCCGUUAUUCUUCUUAGAGUCCCGGACCCAGGAGGCCCAAGGAGCUGGAGGUGACCCUGAGGCAGCGAGACCCCAGAGGAAGGGCGCGAGCCCCGCAGACGACGGUGCACCACCCCAGGCUGGGCUCCUGUUAGGAGGGGGUGCUUGUUCCCAGGCAGUGGCUCAGAGGCAGCUGCUUCAUGCAGAACUGAAACUGGUCCUGCAGCAGAAGGGAGAGAGGAAGCAGGAGCCUGGGGCCCAGGUGACUCCCAGCAGUGCCAUGGAGGCCAGGAGCCGGAGUGCUGAGGAGCUGAGGCGGGCGGAGUUGGUGGAGAUCAUCGUGGAGACAGAGGCACAGACCGGGGUCAGCGGCAUCAACGUAGCCGGCGGCGGCAAGGAGGGAAUCUUCGUCCGCGAGCUGCGUGAGGACUCACCUGCGGCCAGGAGCCUCAGCCUGCAGGAAGGGGACCAGCUGCUGAGCGCCCGAGUGUUCUUCGAGAACUUCAAGUACGAGGACGCGCUACGCCUGCUGCAAUGCGCCGAGCCUUACAAGGUCUCCUUCUGCCUGAAGCGCACUGUGCCCACCGGGGACCUGGCGCUGCGGCCUGGGACCGUGGCCGGCUACGAGAUCAAGGGCCCGCGGGCCAAGGUGGCCAAGCUGAACAUCCAGAGUCUGUCCCCUGUGAAGAAGAAGAAGAUGGUGGUGCCCGGGGCCCUGGGGGUCCCUGCAGACCUGGCCCCUGUUGACGUCGAAUUCUCCUUUCCCAAGUUCUCCCGUCUGCGUCGAGGCCUCAAAGCCGAGGCUGUCAAAGGUCCUGUCCCAGCUGCCCCCACCCGCCGGCGCCUCCAGCUGCCUCGGCUACGUGUCCGAGAAGAGGCUGAAGAGGACCAGGUAGCCCGACUGGCCGCUGCCACUCCUCCCCCCAGGAAGGCCAAAGCAGAGGCCGAGGUGGCUGCAGGAGCCCGAUUCACAGCUCCCCGGGUCGCAGCCCCCAAGGGGGAGGUGGCCCCUGCAGCAGAGGUAGUCAGCGGCUUUGCCCUCCACUUGCCAACCCUUGGGCUGGGAGCCCCAGCUGCACCUGCCGUGGAGCCUGCGGCUGGAGGGAUCCAGGUCCCCCAGGUGGAGCUGCCCACCUUGCCCUCGCUCCCCACACUUCCCUGCCUGGAGACCCGGGAAGGGGCUGCGGCAGUGACGGUGCCCACCCUGGACGUGGCAGCGCCUACAGUGGAGGUGGACCUGGCCUUGCCCGGUGCAGAGGCGGAGGCCCGAGUAGAGGCACCUGAGGUGGCCCUGAAGAUGCCCCGCCUCAGUUUCCCCCGCUUUGGGGCUCGAGCAAAGGAAGUUGCUGAGGCCAAGGUGGCCAAGGGCAGCCCUGAGGCCAGGGUGAAGGGGCCCAGACUUCGAAUGCCCACCUUUGGGCUUUCUCUCCUGGAGCCCCGGCCCGCUGCCCCUGAAGCCGUCGAGAGCAAGCUGAAGCUGCCCACCAUCAAGAUGCCCUCCCUUGGCAUCGGGGUCUCGCCGCCUGAGGUCAAGGUGCCCAAGGGGCCUGAGGUGAAGCUCCCCAAGGCCCCAGACGUCAAGCUCCCCAAAAUGCCCGAGGCAGCCCUUCCAGAUGUGCGACUCCCAGAGGUGGAGCUCCCCAAAGUGUCAGAGAUGAAACUCCCAAAGGUGCCGGAGCUGACUGUGCCAGAGGUGAGGCUUCCAGAGGUGCAGCUGCCGAAAGUUCCUGAGGUGCAACUCCCGAAGGUGCCCGAGAUGAAAUGCCCCGAAAUGAAACUCCCAAAGGUGCCGGAGCUGGCCGUGCCGGAAGUGCAGCUCCCGGAAGUGGAGCUGCCGAAAGUUCCUGAGAUGAAACUCCCCGAGAUGAAGCUCCCGAAGGUGCCCGAGAUGGCUGUGCCAGAGGUGCGACUCCCAGAGGUGCAGCUGCCAAAAGUCUCGGAGAUGAAACUCCCCAAGUUGCCCGAGAUGGUCGUGCCGGAUGUGCAGCUCCCAGAAGUGCAGCUGCCGAAAGUUCCUGAGAUGAAACUCCCCGAGAUGAAGCUCCCGAAGGUGCCCGAGAUGGCUGUGCCAGAGGUGCGACUCCCAGAGGUGCAGCUGCCGAAAGUCUCAGAGAUGAAACUCCCCAAGUUGCCCGAGAUGGUCGUGCCGGACGUGCAGCUCCCGGAAGUGCAGCUGCCAAAGGUGUCGGAGAUGCGGCUGCCGGAAGUGCAGACGCCAAAGGUCCCAGACGUGCAUCUGCCAAAGGCACCUGAGGCGAAGCUGCCCAAGGCUCCAGAGGUGCAGCUAAAAGCUGCCAGGGCAGAGGAAGCAGAGAGGGUGGAAUUGGGCUUCAAGAUGUCCAAGAUGACCAUGCCCAAGCUAGGGAGGGCAGAGUCCCCAUCUCAAGGCAAGCCAGGUGAGGCUAGCGCUGAGGCCUUGGGGAAGCUGGUGACACUUCCCUGUCUGAAGCCAGAGGCGGGCAGCGAGGCUCGUGCGGGUGUCGCCCGUCUCACACUGCCCUCAGUGGAACUAGACCUGCCCGGGGCCUUCGGCCUGGAGGGGCAGGUCCCAGCAGCCGACGUGGGCAAGGUGGAGCAGUCAGAAGCCCCCGGGGUGGUAGCAGGGGUCGGGGAAAUGGCCUUCUGGUUGCCCUCCGUUGAGAUCGUCACGCCACAGCUGCCCACAGUGGAGGAAGGGCAAGUAGAGGUGACGGAGGUGAAAGUCAAGCCUUCCUCCAAGUUCUCCCUGCCCAAGUUUGGACUCUCGGGGCCAAAGGUGACCAAGGCAGAGGCCGAGGGGGCUGGGCGAGCCGCCAAGCUAAAGGUGUCCAAAUUUGCCAUCUCACUCCCGAGGGCUCGGGUGGGCACCGAGGCGGAGGCCAGAGGAACGGCGGAGGCAGGCCUGCUGCCCGCCCUCGAUCUGUCCGUCCCACAGCUCAGCCUGGAUUCCCACCUGCCCGCAGGCAAGGCGGAGGUGGCGGGGACUGAUGCCAAGCUCAAGGGGCCCAGGUUCGGCCUGCCCAAGUUUGGGGUCAGAGGCCGGGACAGCGAAGCAGGAGAACUAGUGCCAGGGGCGGCUGAGUUGGAGGGCAAGAGCAGGGGUUGGGAUGCGAGGGUGAAGAUGCCCAAGCUGAAGAUGCCCUCCUUUGGGCUGGCUCGAGGGAAGGAAGCAGAAAUGCAGGGGGGGCGGGUCAGCCCCGGGGAAAGGCCGGAGUCCACGGCUGUGCAGCUUAAGAUCCCUGAGGUGGAAUUGGUUACUCUGGGGGCCCAGGAGGAAGGGCAGAUGUCCGCAGCCAGGCAGGUGGGCGCUGAGGGCCAGGAUGCGGGGCCGAGGGUGCCGCUGGGCAGCUCCCUGCCCCAGGUGGAGCUGCCCAGCUUUGGGGAGGCUGGCCUGGCUGCCGCCCUCGGGCAGCAGGCCAAGAGUGCGCCUCCUCCAGCAGAGGGCACGCCAGGCUAUAGGAUCCAGGUGCCUCAGGUGACCUUGUCUCUACCUGAAGCCCAGGUGGUGGGUGGUGAGCUGCUCGUGGGUGAGGGUGUCUUCAAGAUGCCCGCUGUGACAGUGCCCCAGCUUGAGCUGGGCGUGGGGCUGAGCCGAGAGGUGCAGGUGGGUGAGGCAGCCACAGGUGAGGGCGGGCCGAGGCUGAAGAUGCCCACGCUGGGGGCUAGAGAUGCGGCGGGGGGUGAGGGGCCCAGGGACCAGCCCCCAGGGGCCGAGCGCACCUUCCACCUCUCGCUGCCGGACGUGGAGCUCUCCCCGCCCGCCGUGGGCAGCCAUGCUGAAUACCAGGUGUCCGAGGGCGAGGGCGAUGCCGGACACAAGCUCAAGGUGCGGCUGCCCCGGUUCGGCCUGGCACGGGCCAAGGAGGGGGUUGAGGAGGCCGAGAAGGCCAGGAACCCAAAACUCCGGCUGCCCCGCGUGGGCUUCAGCCAGAGCGAGGCGGCCGGUGGGGAAGGCUCCCCCAGCCCCGAGGACGAGGACGAGGAGGGCUGCGGGGAAGGGGCCUCCGGGCGCCGAGGCCGCGUCCGAGUCCGCUUGCCCCGUGUGGGCCUGGCUACCCCUUCCAAGGCCUCUCGGGGGCAGGAGGGCGAGGCGGCCCCCAAGUCCCCCGGAGGGGAGAAGUCGCCCAAGUUCCGCUUCCCCCGGGUGUCCCUAAGCCCCAGGGCCCAGGAGGAAGGUGGAUUCCGGGUCCGGCUGCCCAACGUGGGGUUUUCGGAGACCCCUCCAGGCCCCGCGAGGAUGGAGGGGGCUCAGGCUGCCGUCAUCUGAAACCCCUCAGCAGAGGAAGGCUCCCCUCCCGUCUUCCCAUCCUCCUCCUCGUUCUGUGUGUGAGAUAACUAGCACUAACCCUCAGAGGGCUGGGAGGCGGGCAGCUGCCCGGUCAGGGCCCGGGAGUCCGUGCCUGGCUCUUUGGCCGGAGUGCCCGUAUUUUGCCAAGCCAUGUGAAUAAAAUAAU